AUGUCAGGAUAUAACAAAAAACCUGACUCCUCUGCCGCUGAGAUCACACCACCAUGCACGGAGGGUGGGAAAACCUUUUGGUCCUGGAAGGCUCUUUUCGGUCAUAUGCGAUGCCACCCCGAACGUGAGUGGCGUGGCAUUAACCCUCCGCCUCAUCUUCGACGCCGUUCUCUUCCUCCCACCCCUACUACAACCACUGAUGACCAUGAGGUCGCUGCUAGCCUUCUCUUACUCGCUGCUGGUCCUGUCUCCCCUGACGUGGCAUUAGCCUCUCCGGCCAGGUUUGAGUGCUCGAGUUGUAAGAAGACAUUUGGGUCUCACCAAGAACUCGGCGGUCACCGUGCUAGCCAUAAGAAUGUCAAGGGAUGCUUUGCCAUUACCAAGAGUGCAACUGACGUUGAGGAUGAUCAAUGUAUGAUCAUGCAAAGUGGUUCAAGUCAUGAGGAGGCAAUUGGGCUGGGCCUUUCUUUGGGCUUGGGCCUUGGAGUGGGCCACAAGUGUGGUGUUUGUUUGAAGGUGUUUCCUACUGGACAGGCCUUGGGUGGGCACAUGAGGUCCCACUGGGAGAAGAGUGAGGAGCCGGCAUUGCGAUCGUUGUUUGGGCUUACUUGGGUCAGAUUCAAGGCCCAAUGUGGUGUUGAUCUCAACCUACCGGCCCAACUUCUGGAGGAUGGUUCUUCUUCUACUACUACUAUUGAUUCUUCCAAUAACAUGCAAUUAGAGCUGAAGUUAGGAAUAUAA